CAUCUGACAGCAAUCAUAACCUCGCUUUUUCUCAAGAGCCCCCAACAACCUCUGGUGCAGAGAUCACUUAGGUAACCAGGAUGGUGGUACUCAAGAUGUUUCAGCAGGUGAGACACCUGAACGCCUUCUCCGCGGCGGUGACGAGACCCCACAGGAUCCUGUACGAGAGGACCUAUCAAACUGUUAUCGUCAACUCGGACGGUUCGUCGUACAACAUCAGAUACCAUGAGCCCAGGCAGAUCAUCAAAAUGCCGAUCAACGUUUGGACGUUGAGCGAAGCCGAACGUAAGGCGAGAUUGGAGAAACGGAAACCCAAGCAGAAGGUCAAAAUAAUUGAUGAUAUUGACGAUGAGUAUGAUUCAAAGAAGUACCUGAAGUAUCUCAAGAAGAAGUAGUUUGUGUGCAUUUGCAUCAUUUCUAUUAGUUUUGUUUGUUGCAUCCGUGCAGCUAAUAUAUAUUGUUUUUUUUUUUGUUUUAAA